GAACGAGGGGGAGAGAGGCAAUAAUUAAGCAGCCAUUAAUGCAUGAAAGUGAAGUCUCUCCGCGCAGCAUUAAUAACCAGAGCAGUGAAGCAAAGUCACGCAAUAUUACAGAUAAAAAAGAAAAAGGAAAAACAGAAAGGCAAACCAUCAGCCAUGGCUUCUCCUUCCUCCUCUUCUCUCCGUCUCCCUCCUCGCUCCUCCUUCACUCCUAUACCGGAACACGACAAGGAGGAAGACGACGAGAAGGAAGAGCAGCAGGUGCGCGCCACGUCCAAGGAUCCACCACGGGCCGAGUCUCGCAUCCCCACCCCGCUCCACGGCGGCGCCGCCCGGAGGCCACCGCGCCCCAAAACAGGGCACUUGAGCGACGAGGCCGUCGCCGUCUCCUGCAACAACUGUCGCCCAACCUCACGCGACAAACUCAUCGUCCCCAUCGACCCCUCCGCUUCCACCACGUCCUCCGCCAGCCCAGGUGGCAUCCUGCGCUCCCUUUUCUUCUCCCUCACCCGCCGAAGCCCCGCAAGCGCCGCCUCCUCCGCCUCCGCUGCCGCCGACGUCCGCGAUGACCGGUGGCGGCUCGUGGCGGCGGAGCUGUCGCGGAAGAUCCUCCACGUCACGCGCAAGCGCGACGAGGCGCUCCUCGAGGCCUCCCGCCUCAAGUACGCGCUCGCCGAACUCGAGCGCAAGGUCGACCUACUUGAGUCAAACAUCCGGUCCAUCUCCCACCCGUCGGUUCGGCCCGUCGCCUUCUCGUCUCGAGCUUUCUGCCUCGCAGUGGAAGAAGCACGGACCGCGGUCCGCCACUUCGCCCGCUUGCUGAUCGCUCAAAUCCGGCUCGUCCGUCGGUCCGUCGACCGAGUCGCCGGACUAAUCCAGCCGCUCGAUCCCCGGGCCUCGGUCGAAUGGCGGAGGAACCCGGCUUGUUUGCUCGUCUACAUGGAGGCUCUCUUGAACCGGCUUUUCUACUCCCGGUUGGAGGAAGGAGACGAGGAAGAAUCCGGCCUUAUCGAUCCGGCAGCUCGGUGCGAGUCGAACCGAGCCGGGUACGAGGCGGUUCGGGGACUCAGCUGGGAGGACGUGCUGAGCAAAGGGACACGGCACCACAGCGAGGGGCUGAGCCGCUUCUGCGACCUGAAAAUGAGUGAGGUGGUGGCGAUGGUGGGCUGGACGACUCAGGCGCGGGCGGCUUGGCCGGAGGGGCUACUGCAGGCCUUCUUCGGGGCUGCCAAGGGGGCGUGGGUUGUUCGACUCAUGGCGCGGUCAGUGCACCCAGCGGUUCCGGCACUGAGGGCGGAACGAGGGGCGAGAUUCGACGGGCGGUUCAUGGACGACGUGGCGGAGGGUAGGGUGCGGCGGCUGACUCCGGCGAGCGUGAGGGAGAUGGUGGCGCCGGGGUUUGAUUUGUAUAUGGAGAAAGAUGGAGUUGUCAAGUGCAGAGUAGUGUGCGAGUACUGUAGCAACAGUGACGGCGAGCGGAGGAACGUGGAUGAGAAGCAGGGGAGCAGAAGCGGCAGGAGUGAAACUGUAGACAGCUUUAACUAUGUACGGUAGCAGACGAUAAUCACGUGACACGAGAUGAAUAAUUAAAUUUGGCUUGUAACUAGUAAUUAUAGGUCUCUAUAUCAAAUUUCACAAGAGUUUUAAUUC